AUGGCGGCCGUCGAUAGCUCUGUCCGGCCCGUCUCAACCUCGGCUGCCCUCCCGCUGGCUGCUCCAGGCAAGAAGGUUUACAGAGAAAUGCGCUUGGGUACCUAUGUUCUAGGGUCCACUUUGGGCGAAGGCGAGUUUGGAAAAGUCAAGCUUGGCUGGAGAACUAACGGACAGCAUCCUUCCCAAGUCGCUGUGAAACUCAUUCGAAGAGACUCCCUCCGGAAAGGUUCCGAAUCCGAGAUCAAGGUAUACAGAGAAAUCAACUCCUUAAGACAACUCACACACCCCAAUAUCGUCAACCUUGUCGAAGUCGUCAAGUCAGGCAAAUACAUCGGUAUCGUGCUCGAAUACGCUCCUGGCGGCGAAUUAUUCGACUACAUCUUGCAGCAUAAACACCUCAAGGAGGACUUUGCCAGAAAGCUCUUCGCCCAGCUUGUCAGUGGCGUCGACUACAUGCAUUCGAAGGGUUACGUUCAUCGUGACCUUAAGUUAGAGAACCUCUUGCUCGACAAGCACAAGAACAUCAUUAUCUCCGACUUUGGCUUCGUCAACUGUUUCAGCUCGAGACGUGGCGACUUCAUGAAGACAUCCUGCGGUUCGCCUUGCUACGCUGCUCCUGAAUUAGUCUUGUCUCAAGCUCCCUACGAGGGCCGCAAAGUAGACAUUUGGCUAUCUCCCUAUGACGACGAUGCUGAAAAUGAAGACGGCACUGACAUCACCCGCCUAUACAACUACAUCUACAAAACACCCCUUACUUUCCCCGAAUAUAUCACUCCAUUGGCCAGAGACUUGAUCCGCAGAACCAUCGUUCCUGCUCCACACAAGAGAAUCACCAUGGACGAAAUUCGCCGGCAUUCCUGGUUGGCACCAUAUGCAAGCUUACUCUCCAUCAGACAACCUGAAUGGGACAAGCUAAGCACGGAGAAGAAGGAGAUUACCGUUGAUCCUAUCCAAAGGAGAAGCAAGCGUUACACUAUGUACGCGGAGAAUACCAACUCCUCCUCCUUGAUCUUGGGCUCCGCCAAAUCUGCCCAAGGAAGGUCAUACACUUCAAACUCCAACAUCAUAUACUCCCCACCCACUACAUCUUCGUCCUUGGCUACAAUUGUUGCAUUGCCGCCUAAUGAUGCGGGCUCAGGUUCAAGCGGAAGAUACUUCCCCACUAAAGUGGCAUUCCACAAAGGUCAUUCAAAAUCUGCAUCUGUCUCUGGUACAUACCCAACUGCAAGCCUUGCUCUUCAGGCUAUGGUCAACGAGCGCGAGGCCAAGAGAGCUUCUUUGGCUAUUGACGCGGAUCUGAGCAUCAUCAGUAACAACAGUGAAUUCCCAUCACCAACAAGAGGCUCGACCUACAGCGGUGCUAUACCCACAAUCGCAGAGAGCCCGACUAAUAAUGAAUUCCCUCACAAGAACGACAAGCAUCACGAUGCUAAGAUGAUGCACAGAUUACCACACUCUGAGAAGAAGCCAAGACCUACUUCUUACCACCCAGGGCUGAUGUCUUCGUCAAUCAUGUCUGGGCAAAAUAUUUCGGGCAACCUACUUGACUAUAUGAAGAUGGGAAUGCCUCAGUUCUUGUCAAAUUCGCCACCCAAGCCAUCUCCUGAGCCUGUGGAAUCAUUCCAGAGCAGUCCUGGUCUGAAUAAUUCUAUCAAACCUCGCAAUAGUCGGCGUGAUUCUGUCGUCACGGCUAUUAAUGUCAACGGUGUUCUCACGAAAGAUUUGAACUCUCACGAAAACAAACGAAAUUCCGUCUUGAGCUACCUUGAAGACAAAAUGGAACAACUAGAACUCAGUGAGCUGCCAACAAAAUCAAACUUCUCCGAUAAGACGGAACUUCAACCGUCGCAUGAAACACCACAAAUUAAUCAGCUGCCAACAUUUGACUCGCAAACUGACUCGCCUGUUGCUGUUGGAGAUGAGACGGAGAAAGCUGCUGGUACAGAAAGCACUAUCACACUGGAAGACGUUAACAAAAAGGACCAACAUGGUGAGGUAACCAACGACGAAAACGCUUCCGUCGCAAAAGAAAACAGCGGUUUUCCUAGAAGGGGAGACACAAACGAUAACACCGCUUUGAAAGAUACAAAAAAGAGGAACAGAUUCAGCUUAAUAUCCUUCUACAGCUCAUUUAAUGAGUCUUCGGCGCAGGUCGACAAUAGGCCGAGCACACCCACGAACAACGGUCGUAAAAUUUUAGAGCCAUUAAACGACGGUAACGUUGCCAAUCACUCCAGUGCCGCCAAAGAGAAGCGAGUCGGAUCUGGCUCUUCAGGAAGCGAUAGCGAUGGAUUUUCUGCUAGUGAAGCUCUCGAAGAGGAUUCAGAGUCAGAUCCUGAAGAUUACGAAGUCGAACAGCAUGAUGAGUCUUUGGCCUCGACAAUCGUCCAGGAAAUUGACGAAGGCACCUAUGUCUGCUUGGUCUGUACUUGUGAGAUCGAUAGACAUCUGAAAGUCUGGAACUGCCGAAACUGCUACAGAGUAUACGAUCUCGACUGUAUCCGUGACUGGGCACAAAGAGGCUCGUCCACAACUGAACAAAAGACAUGGAGAUGCCCGGCGUGCAGCUUUGAACAGAAAAAGCUUCCGUCCUCGUUCACAUGUUGGUGUGGAAGAGUCAGGAAUCCUACAGCAGACAGCUUGAUUCCUUUUAGCUGUGGGAACCCUUGCAAUAAGAAAUAUCCACACUGUGUCCAUUCCUGUUCCUCCGUAUGCCAUCCAGGAAAGCAUCCUGAGUGUGGUGCCAUGGGCCCAGUAAUGAAUUGCAAGUGUGGUAAGCAUAAACAGCAGCUUCCUUGCUUGGUGACACCGUACAAAAUGGGAUGGCAAUGUGAGGAUGCUUGUGAAACAAAGGUUUGUAUGCUAGGACAUGCAUGUUCUAAGGGCAAUUGUCAUUCAGGGUUCUGUGGUCCUUGCAAGACGAAGAUUGACGUAUCGUGCUACUGUGGACAGAAGACGAAGUUAAUUCAGUGCAAGGACUUCCGUCCUGAGAUUAGCUUCAAGGAUAACGAAAAGUUCAUUGGUGGAACGAAGUGCAAUAACGUCACGAUUCAAUACUACGACUGUGACGAGCAUUUUGAGGAGCUCGACUGUCAGCCUUUGGCCAAAGAGAAGCCACACUGUAAGUUUGCUACAGACGUUGUGAACAGCUGCUACUGUGGCAAGACUCCAUUUGACUCUUUGAAGCGUACAAAGUGUACUGACCCUAUGCCUGCUUGUGAGAACGUGUGUGGAAAGAAGCUCAAAUGUGGAUGUACUUGUCUUGCUCAGUGCCAUGAGGGCCCUUGUGAGUGUUUUAAUUUGAUAGAGACGAAAUGCGAGUGUGAGGCCAACUCGUUUAUUGUGCCUUGCAAGGCUCUUCAGCAAGGCUUCAAGCCUCGCUGUCUCAGAAAGUGCUCAGCUCCUCUCAGUUGCCGCCAUCAUGUUCACAGAGAGAGGUGUUGUCCUUUUGAGCAAGUUGCACUCAAGAGAGAGCGUGAAGUGAAGAAGCAGAUAAGAAACAAGACCAGAACGAACUUCGAGGACCAAGUUCUCACCAUGGAGCCAGCCCACAUCUGUACAAGAACAUGCAACCAAUUGAAGUCAUGUGGGCAGCAUCGUUGUGAAGCUUUGUGCCAUAGUGGCCCCUGCGGCGUAUGCUACGAAUCUUCCAAUGAUGAUUUAGUGUGUCAUUGCGGCAAGACUGUCAUCCCUGCUCCAGUCAGAUGUGGCACGAAAUUGGAAUGCCACGAACAGUGUAUUCGUGAGAAGCCAUGCGGUCAUCCACAAGAACCACAUUGGUGCCACACCGAUGAUGACAGAUGUCCAAUGUGCACCACGCUUGUCACUAAGAAAUGUAACUGUGGUGACAAGGAGAUCAAGAACGAGACCAGAAUUGGUACCAUAUUAGAGUGCAAUGAUGGUUGUGCUCAUGCCAAGCGAGAGGAGGAAUUGCGCCAGAUCUUCAAUGUUUCGCCACAAGUCUUUGAAAACCCAUACUCUGAGCUGAUUAUCAGUGUCUACAAAAGACAGAAGAACUGGUGUCUGAAAAUGGAAGCUGUUAUGAGAGACUUUAUAAGCGACUAUCAAGAUUUGAAGGCAGCGGGUGCACCCACAAAAAAUACUCAUCACUUCCAACCAAUGAUGAAGCCCCAAAGAGACUUCAUUAAAGAGCUCGCAACUACGUUCAAGCUUUACACAGAGUCACAAGAUAAGGAACCCAAUAGGGCAGUCUUCAUUGUCAUCACUGAGAGAACAGAGGUUCCUAAGAUGACGAUCCAUCAAACCAUAGAGAAGGAACAUGAAAUAGAGCUCAAGAGGAUCCAGCUUGAAGAGCUCAAACUCACACAGCUAGACGAAAAGCUUUGCAACGCUCUUUUAAUCAGAGACACAUUUUUCGGUGUCAAUGAGGCAUCUGUCAGAAAGGCGGUCAGUGAAAUUUUGCUGGCCCACAAAGGUUACGAGGAGUUUGACGUCAAGUGUAUGAAAGAAUCUACAUUCGUCUUCUUCUCUCCUUCGCUCCGUGAGAUGGAUAAGGAGAAGGAAGACAAUUUGUACAUGUUACUGAAAACCUUCAAAAGCAUGCUUCGUGAGAAGCUCAUAGCGUUCGACUGCAAGAUGUGUUUGGUUGAUGACGAUAUCACAGAGGUGUUGAAGGUAGACAACAACAACGUCAUGAACAACAGCUCUAGCAGUCCAGGACACUCCACCCCAAAGGUCGAGGAUUCGAACGGAGAUAAUUCCUUCGAGAUUCUACAAAGUACAUAA